AAUCUUUAAUAAAAAAGGACACAUAGUAUAAGUUCAAUAAUUUUGAAGAUACAGCAAAAGUUCACUUCAUUUUGGCCACUAUAAUUUGUCUCGCACAAAUUUUUGUCCCUUCGCCCCAACCUUGCCUUGACAUCUUUCCUGCAAAAUAAAAUCAACUUGCCUGUACCUCUGAUCGUGGAAGUGUGGGUGACAGGUCAAAAAAUGUACAGAGAAAAAAAAAAAAAAAAAAAAAAGCACGCGCAAAGUGGGCUUAAAACAUUAAAGGAAGAAUGAAGAUAAGACGUAAAGAGUGGAAGUGACUGUCACUUGACUUAAUCAUGCACCAUUAUAGAAAAUGGCAGCAAACCAAUGCCAUGAUUAACACCAUGACCAAUCCCAAUGUAAGUCUUCCACUCCCUCCCCAUGCAUAUAUCUUCCUCUCUUCCCUCUUCCCUCUUCCCGUUUUAUGUGUACCUCCCAAGUGUCUCCCCCUGGCAUGUGCAGCAUUAAUGGUUAUCGGAAACUUUCCAUGGCCAAUUUUGUUUGUUAUCUUUCUAUGCAUAUGUGCCAAAGUCAAAUCUUCCAAUGGAGCAGAUACCAUCUCCAUUGGAAACUCUCUGUCUGGGGACCAGACCAUUGUCUCUGCCCGUGGAGAGUUUGAGCUUGGUUUCUUCAAACCAGGUAACUCUUCAUACUACUACAUAGGCAUCUGGUUCAAGCAGGUUUCUGUCCAAACAGUAGUCUGGGUUGCAAACAGGGAUAAACCUGUCUCUGAUAAAUACAAAUCAGAACUCAAGAUCACAAAUGGUAAUUUGGUUCUUUUCGAUGAGUCUCACAUCCCAGUAUGGUCAACAAAUGUCCAACCCACCAGUUCAGAUUCUACAAAAGCAGUUCUUUUUGACACCGGAAAUCUUGAACUGAGAGAUGGGGUUCACUCAUCUGAAACAAUGUGGCAAAGUUUUGAUCAUCCAACAGAUAAAAUGCUGCCUGGCAUGAAGGUCGGAUUGGACAAGCGUACCAAAAAGAUGAGGCAUCUUACUUCAUGGAGAAGUCCAGCAGAUCCAGCCACCGGAAUCUUCUCCGUAGGACUCGACCCAGCAAUGACCAGUCAGUACAUCAUAUCGUGGAAUAGGUCAGUGAAGUAUUGGGCUAGUGGAAAGUGGGAUGGUUUUAAGUAUGCAUCUGCUCCUGAAAUGAGAACAAACUAUAUGUUCACUGACAUAGUAUUUGGUUACAACCAUACUGAUAAUGGAAAUGAGACCUAUUUCACAUUUUGGUGUUACAAAAACUCCACAAAACUAAAAGCUAUGUUUGCAAUGGAUGCGUACGGAUUUCUUCAAAAGUUGACCUGGAUGGACUCUGACCAGCAGUGGUUUGUGUUUUGGUCCCGACCCACACAACAGUGUGAGGUAUAUGGCCUCUGCGGGCCUUUCGGGACUUGCAAUCAGAAGACCGAAGAUUUUUGCAGCUGUUUGCCAGGUUUCACGCCAAGCUCUCAAAAAGAUUGGGAACUGAAAGUUUGGUCUGAUGGCUGCCAAAGAAAAGCUAAUUUGCAGUUCAGCAACGACACUUCUAAUGAAGGGAAGGAUUGGUUUUUACCAAUGCCUAACAUGAGAUUGCCUGCGAAUCCGCAAUUAUUGCAGGUUAGUAGCGCCGGGGAAUGCCAAUUGGCAUGCUUAAACAACAACUCGUGCACUGCUUAUGCUUUUGACACAGAUGGGUGUUCGACUUGGAUGGGGAAUCUCUUAAACCUACAGCAACUAUCAGAAGAUGAUACAACCACUUCUGGACAAACGCUCCACAUCAGACUUGCUGCUUCCGAGUUCUCCAGUAAGCAUUGCAAGGGAACAGUAAUUAAAUUUGAAGUCGGCUCAUUUGCUGGAGCAGCAGCCCUCUUGGGCCUUCUUUUGGUUGCAGUGUUGAAAUGGAGAAGUUUCGGCAGAACAAGAAAGGUAGUGGAUGGUUUGUUGGUGCAUUUUCAGUACAGAGAUUUACAGAAUGCAACAAAAAAAUUUUCAGAAAAAUUGGGGGGAGGAGGUUUUGGUUCUGUUUUCAAGGGGAUAUUGCCAGAUUCAACAGUCAUAGCUGUGAAGAAGCUAGAAAGCAUCAGCCAAGGGGAGAAGCAAUUCCGAUCAGAAGUCAGUACGAUCGGAACAACCCAACAUGUUAAUCUUGUUCGGCUUCGUGGGUUUUGCUCUGAAGGUUCCAAAAGAUUGUUGGUCUACGAUUACAUGCCAAACCAUUCUUUAGCAUCCCAUCUUUUUCAUGAAAAGCAUUCGGAGGUUUUAACAUGGAGGACAAGGUACCAAAUUCUGUUGGGGACAGCUAGAGGAUUGACCUAUCUUCAUGAGAAGUGUAGAGACUGUAUUAUACACUGUGACAUAAAGCCGGAAAACAUUCUUCUAGAUGCUGAAUUCUGCGCAAAAAUAGCAGAUUUUGGCCUAGCAAAGCUUCUGGGGAGGGAGUUCAGCCGUGUACUGACCACCAUGAGAGGUACUAGAGGCUACCUUGCGCCAGAGUGGAUUUCUGGAGUACCCGUAUCUGCCAAAGCUGAUGUCUUUAGCUACGGCAUGAUGCUCUUUGAAUUGAUAUCGGGAAGGAGAAACUUUAUGCAAUCUGAAGAUUCGACAGUUGAAUUCUUCCCAAGUUGCGCUGCAAAACAAAUCACUGAUGGUGGUGAUGUGCUUUGCUUGUUAGACCAUAGGCUGGAGGGAACAGCUGAUGCAGAUCAGCUGUCCAGAGUUUGUAGAGUAGCAUGUUGGUGCAUCCAAGAUGAUGAAACUCACAGGCCUUCAAUGGGUCGGGUAGUUCAGAUCCUUGAGGGCAUUUUGGAUGUGAGCCUUCCUCCACUACCAAGAUGUGUUCAAGCAUUUACUGAAAAGCAAGAAAGCAUGGUUUUCUAUGCUGUGUCAUCCUCGAGCCAAAGAUCUCAAGCACGCAGAAAAGCAUCAACAGCUGAGAUAGGGAAUCACGUUGUGAACACGUCCGAGCUGAGACUUGAAGAAGGCAGUUGAGGAUGCAUUGGGAAACUUUUGAAUCUAGCCAAAUAACCUUUGUCUGUUUUUCUUAUCAUAGCAUCGUACCUUUAUUAUGUGGCCGCUAUUUUUCUAGCAUCAUAUUGUUGGUUGUUGAUCACGGCUUCGUUCUAUUUGUUAGCCGCGCUGCCAGGCAGCAUCUCUAGAGUGAUGCUCUUGUUCUGCUUUUGUUCUUAUAAUUGCCUGCUGUGCUUCUGUUGAAGUUAUUAAAUCUGGUUUUUGUUGA